UGUCAGUCGGAAAAAAACGAUUCCUGCUUUUCAUAGCACUUCGUGGUCAAUGGUGCUUUGUUUCCUGGAAAAUUGUUGUAUUCUUGAAGUUGGUGCUGCUUUCGAAAAUCUUUCACGGUUGCGGUGAAUCUAGGUUUCCGGUGAAAUACAAGUUCCGAAGCUGCCGCCAUGGAGAGCUAGUAGCGGAUGGAGUUUGAUCGGAGGAGCAAUCCGCACAGCAGCCAAUCCCCGCCCAUCUAUUUCGGUCCGAAACGCUGCGGAAGUUAAAAUUUAAGCCAAAAGCAAUAGUUAAAACAGGGAACGGAUACAGUGAGGAGAGUGCGAAAUGGAGAACCUACUCUAUCCGCCGGUGGAGUUCCUCCGACCGGAUGAGGAUGAAGGAACCAGCAGCGAAACCAUCUUCGAGGAAUUUUCAAUCGUGCUUCAUAAUAUCAAACUUUUGGAAAAGAUUCCCACGAAACGAUGGUUGGAAGUGCUGCAGGAGAAAGCUACCGGAAGACAGCGACAGAAUCAUCGGGAAGCGGAUCGAAUGCAGAACUUAUCGGUGCAAUUGGCCGAAAAUGACGAGCUGGAUAAAGCGAUGAUUCAAAUAACGCAGGCCCUGUAUCGGUGCCCUCCGGAUGGUAUCCUUAUCAAAGCUAUUCUCUGCCAAAAGGGAGAACUCCUGAGACGAAGAGAAAGAAUACAGGACGCUAUCCGGCACCUGGAGCACUGUUUGCGUAUCGAAGGUGAACGGUUUUCGUUCGGAACCUACCUUUGCCUGUUGCGUUGCUACAAGGCCAUGGGUAACACCCGGAAGGUGCAGACAACGCUUUCCAGAUGUGCCGUUUUCUUCAAUCGAUGGAAGGACGAAUUUCAACGGUACGAUUCGCAGCUGAAAAAUCAACCUGAUGCUCACAUGGAGGAAAUGAAAAAGGAAUUUGAUCUUCACGCCAAUUGCAUUCCAUUGGAGAUCACCAGUGACAGGAGUUUUCGGAAAGAGCCGGCCGUGCAGGAUAACUACGAGGAGGAUAUCGAUUUGGAACCGUUUCUAGGUUACAGCACGGAUAGCAAGCUUCACGGUGCUUCCAAGGCGUGCAGUAUAGAAGUCGAGGACUUCACCCCCAAGUUGAUGGCCAACACUUUCAUCCCGGAGGGAUCGACUGUCCUGGUAGAGCGGCCACUGGAAACGCAUCUCGAAUUCACCAAAGUACAAUGCUACACCUGCCACACCGUCAACCCUCACCUUAUACCCUGCUUCGACUGUCAGGGUGUGUUCUACUGUUCCUACGAGUGCCAGCAACAGGACGAACCGUACCACCGUUUCGAGUGCACCGGUUACCAUCUGCUGUUCUUCCCUCUGGUCAGUGGUAAUCUGGAGCUGCGAAUGCUGAUCCGAACGCUACAAGCGCUGGAUCGGUUGCUGACCACGAAAUAUUCCCCGGCGAAAACGGCUCCUCUUCGAACGGCCAACGAACUGUAUCGGUUUUUGUUUGAGGGUCGUGAGUCGAAUGUGGAACUGUUCAACGCGUUGUUGCUCAAGCCGGACUAUUCCAGCUUCAGGUCCGACGAUUUUAACUCGCUCAUGGUCAAGACUGAAAAAUUGCUCAGCUACGUGAAGUUCGAUGGGCGGGUGAAGUCUGACUAUUUUUCCAAGGUGGAAGCGGUUAACGAACUGCAGUUCGAUUUGUUUGUUGGGGGAUUGUUGCUGCACUUUUGUACCCUUACCAUGACCAAAGUGAAUAGGCUGUUUUUCGAGAUUCAAGCCAACGAAGAAUUUGUGGGGCGUAUUCAAGAUUUUAACGGAGUAGAAGAGUUGCAUGAAGAUGAUUCGCUGAAGAAGACUGUGUUGGAAUCACUGGAACGAUACGAGAGGUUGCAUUCGUCAACGGGUCGUGGGUCUCUGGAUUCCAGCCAUCUUCGAGAGGGGGUGUUGGAAUAUUUAGAAUGUUUAGGAAAGGAUGGUGAUAAAAGUAGGAAGGUUGAAAAAGGUACUGAACUAGACGAUUACCAUCAGGUGUGGACUCGAACAAACGUGAAACGGUUGUGGCAAGAAUGUCUGGAUAGUGUUCGAUUUGAGGAUGCAAGUGGGAGUCGCGAUUCGGAAAAGAACGACGAAGAAUUGGAACAUUUGGAAGAUUUGGUAUCGAGGGCGCUGCGUAGGUUUUGUGAUGCCUAUUUCGAGUACUUCGGCGAUACACCAAUGUGCAGUAAACGGAAAACCUUUCCCAAUGUGCUGCGGACGUUCCAUCCAACGGCCACCAAGCUGAAACACUCCUGCGGGCCGAACUUAUUUUUUGCCAUGGUAUCGAACGGAUUAUUUGUCGUCCGAGCCCAAAAGGACAUCUGCGAGGGCGAGGAACUUACAAUCAACCAUGGCCUGCACUACAAGGAAGCUCCACGGGAAGAGCGUCGAAACUAUCUACGUAAAAUAUACAUCGACUGUGAUUGCAUCGAAUGUGGUCGUAUCGAAGACCAUUGGAUCCGUUACCAGCGGGUCAAAUGUAACGAUUGUCUGCUCAAAGCCGAGGCGCCACAACGCACCUGUCCCCAGUGUUUGCAGAGCAAGGAAACGGCAUGGCCGACCGAUGUCCUCAUUACGCAACUGCAAGCCUUGGAAUUAAACCUAUCGCGAAACAACAUACCGCAUCUGAUGCCCCUAUCGUCACUGUCCCGAUCUGCGGUAGGUUUACAAACGGCCACCGCAUCUGGCAAGCGGAAGAUCGAAGUGCUGCUGUUCUUCGAAAAGAUCUGGCAGCUGGUGUUCGUCGAUGGGUGCAAUCUACCGAUGUACGGUAAUCUCAAGGAGCAGCUGUCCUGUUUUGCCGAUGAAGUGAUUCGUGAUGCGAUUGACGAAGUGUACAUUCUACUUAAACGUUGUAAGGACUUCAUCGAUACACUGUAUCCUUACAUGAGUGUCCAGGUUGCGCACGAGUACGAGUUGGUUGUUCGAAGAACAGUCAAAUACAUGCUUCCGACCAAAUUUCUUGGCGUUGACGUGCGGCAGGUCUAUCGAACGAUUGAUCUGUCGAGGGCAAUGAUUCGGCAUUCUUUCGCCAUCCUGGAGGGUCAUUUUCUGUAUGAUGACGAUCUGUACCACAAGCUGAUGGUGGUCGAGUAUCAGUUGCGAAUGUUCGAAGACACCAUUCGGAUAACGAGUGCGAAAGACGAAAGUGAACUGUUCCUUAUGAUGAUCGAAUCAAGCGAGAAGCCAAAGAAAACCAACGCGAAACCUAAGCCGUUCUGGAAGUCGUCCUCCCAGGACAGUAACAAUACGGGAAGCAGUAGCAAUAGCAAUAGCAACAACGCCAACAACAACAACAAUAGCAGUUCGAAAUCAGCGAAUGAUGCUCACGUCAUCCUAGAUUUGCAGCACUUGAGUGAUAAUACCAAAAAAGCUUUCUUGGAAGAAGUAACUCUCGGAAAAGGUAAGAAUGGGGCUAGUAAACACAAAGUUAAUGGCACUGAUACUGGUGCCACCGCCAAUACCAAUGGAAAUCAGGAAAACGGGAAAGGGCCGCUCUAUAUUGUCAACGGUAACGAAAGCAGUGGGAAAAAUUCUGACGAUAGACCUGGAUUAGGCAGUCCCAAAAAGCGUUCCGAAAGCAAACGCAAAGAAGCCGUUAACGGAACGGUUCCGAAACCUUGCCGCACAACAAAACAUCACCGGAAAGUGUGACACGAACCGGGCGAUUGUUUGCCACUUGGGAUGGUCGAGUAGCUACUUGAACCAGCACCAUGUGUCUAGAGCGAUUUUUUACUUAAAAAAUUGAUUUAUUUUUUGUGUUUUAAAAUUGAAUUGUUUCGAACAACGCUAACGAUACAUUUUCAUUUUUCGUUACGUUUGUUUCUCUUGAUCUAAGGUUUAAACUUUUCUUCCGUUACUAAUUCUCAACUUCAACUGUAGCUGAAACAAUUAUCAACGAGUAAAAGACAAACAUUAUACUACAGCGUAUAGGUUUAAUACAAACGAAAAUAACCGGAGAUAAUGUACAAAAAAUCUUAAAAAAUUAACAAGCUUUCCGUAAAGUAAAGUUAUUACGGCAACGUAUCGCGAAAAUUACUGUCAUCACUCUGAAGUGACCAAAACUCUUCAUUUUUUGUAAGAGAUUCCUAGGUGAGAAGUCUAAUUAUCGUUUAACAUGAUGUCGUUAAAAAAAAGUUUCUCUUAUUUCGUGUGAAAAGUGGGAAUCUGUUUCUUGCCAAUGUUUAGUUAUUGGUCAGACGAAAGGUUCUAGGAUUAAUAAACAAACUUUCAUUAGUUCUAAACCAUCAACUAGGUUUUUUCUUAGUAGGUAUAUUAAAAAAAAAUUCUCAACGGUUUUCCGUUGAAAGCAUCACAGCUAGGAAGGUAAAACUAAAUGAACACUGUUACUUAAGUUUGAUGGAAACUAAAGAGAGAGAAAAUAUCACAUGCUUAGGAACGAACUAAGUCACUAUCAAAUUGGAUUCCUUAAAACUCUUUACUUAUAACAAACGAACAAACGUCGCGACGUUUAGGAUAGAAAUAAAAUAUCAUCCAUUUUGUAUUCGUUCUUAACUUAGGCCGGAACAAAUUUCAAAUCCUUCUUUUGUCACUCGGAGUAUGAACACCGAAAGGGGGGGGAGAAUAAAAAAUAAUGCAAAAAACAAAUAAAUUGGAAUAAAUUGCACGAACUCUUGUAUGCAACCAAAUAGCAUAAAAUACCAUUGCACAAAAUCUAUAGAUCAAGCAAUUUUUUAUCGUAAAAUUCAAUGAAAUCAUGAAUAGAAAAAGUGAAAUACCUCCCAUCUUCCAAAAUUUGUUGUUUGGUCUUGUAAUCUUUCGGAUAUUUGAUUAUUUUUUUCGAAAUUUACAUAAAAUACUUCAAACUUUAUUUUUAUCCCCCUUCGGGUUUUCGGAAAUUUCGAAGGGGGGGGUGACAAAAGAAGAAAUUGAAAUUUGUUCCAGCCUUAUUGAUUUAAUUAUAGUUGGUCAUCGUGCUUCCACUUACUACUCGUAGCAUAUCGUGUACUUUAAAUUAAUCUAUAUCAAAUCAUAAACGCUGUUCCGUUUGCUUAUCCUAACUUAUUUGACACAUUCAAAUUAUUUAUCAUGAUUUUUUUUAUUUGUUUAUUCGUAAACAACACAUUUCAAACUCAUAUCAAAUCCAAUUGCCUUUGCUCUGAUCAAAGGUUCUAGCCAAUUGAUAUUAAUGGUUCAUUUUUUUUCUAGUCCUCUCUAUAAGAGAUCAACUGCCAAUGUACUUUCAUGUACGUACGUAUUUCUUGAAUAGCAGAGCUUUCCGUAAACAAUUAACGCUGCAUUGUGUUCAUUUCAUUCUUACAACAAAAAUCAUUCACACAAAACUACUUGAUCUAUAAUCCGAAUGGUACAAUGAUGAACUAGCAAAAAAGCAUAACAUUAGCUGAUUAUUCAGGAAUACACAAUUAUAAAAAUUUUUCCUAAAAAACGAGAAGCCAAUCGCUCAAACAAAAAAAAACUUUUGUUCUUACAAAUUACCUAACCGAACUUUCGCAGUUCUUUUUGGCAAAAAUUACCAAACAUGAGGUGAAAAAUUACAGAAAGUUCGAUCAAACAAAACUCGGUAAAUUCCAGAUCGUUGCUGUAUUUUGGCAAUAGAUUAUUUCCACAGUCACUCCGUUUGUUGAAAAUUUGCCGAAAAACUCUUUGGUCAGUGUUGAUGUUGUUUUACCCUACCUUUUCUUGGAUGGUCUGAUUAAGUGAUGAACUCAACGAUCUCCCACGAAGUUGUUAUAGAGUUCUAGUUGAGAAUUCUUCCUUUUGUCCAAUAAGAAAAAUAAAAAAGGAAUGCUUUGAACGUAGUUCGACAGCAUUUGCUUAAUCCACAAAACUUACCACAAACUGUUUUGGGAAGAACUUUAACUCCUGUAGGAUUUUUAACCAUCAAGGCAUGGCCAAUUGGUAAAAUACCAAGCUAGACCCCCGUCACGACCAGCUCCGCAUAGUUUCUCCGCUUUCUCUUGAAUUCUUCUUGAAUAUUCUCGUUUACAACAUCCUCAGUAUUUAAAGUAAGAUUUCUUCGUAUCCACGUAUUCCGGGAUGUGGCGAGCUGAUAAGUUUGAACCAAUGAAGGUAUUUCUUAAAGCAUCCAUGACGUUAGGUUGAAGCAUGUUGUUCAGCACUUGCCAGUGGAAAGGAGAGAUCUGCACUACUUGCUGGUAGAACUUGGAAUACUUUAUUUCUUUCUAAUUCGCUACCUUAUAUACUAAACCAUUUACAUGGUAACAUAUAACACUUGUUUAAUAAUUAUGUGUAUGUUGUUAUUUGUCCCAUCGAUUGCUUCGAUUGGACAAAUCACAACACUCCUCCUCAACAUACAAAUUCGCAGCCUUUCACUGCCUUCGGCGGCUCCUCGUGAAGUUGGGGCUACUCCUCUUUAAUGCACGCACCAGAACACGCUCUCGCCCCUGUUGCAACUCGAUGACCUUCCAUGGCUCCAGUUCCGGGAUCUGGCACGACGACCUCCCAAUGGCUCUGGCCCGACGACCUUCCAUGGCUCUAGUCUCAGCGCCCUCCUGCGGCUCGAAGCUUUCUCCUUCGCCUCGAAGCCUUUCCUGAGGCCUGUGCCUCCCAGUGGUUCCAGCCCGAUGAUCUCCACUUGGCUUUCCGGUCCGACUACCUUCCAUGGCACCGGUUUGGCGACCUUCCGUGGUACCCCGCUCGUAAGUCCUCCAGUCCACCACCUGGUUCUUGACUUGACGACGUUCCAUGAUACCGGCUCGCCAACCUUCCAUGGCUUUCGGUACGACGACCUACCAGUGGCUCUGGUUCGACGACCGCAUUCGUGGUCCCAGCCCUGCGACCUUCCAUGGCACUAGUUCGACGACCUCCCAGUGGCUCCGGCCCGAUGACCUUGUUUGAUUCCGGCUCGACGCUCUCCUAUUGGCCCGACGCCUCACCAAUAAUGGCACGACUACCUUCCUCUGGCUCGCCGACCUUCCUAUGGAUUCCGGUCAGCUCGCAAUGGAUUCGGCCCAACGACCUUUCUUGUCACCUGUCCGACGACCACCGUUUUCCUGGCUUGUCGACCUCCACCUGGCUUCCCGUCCGACGACCUUCCAGAUGGCUCCUGGUUCUACAACCUUCCACGAUUCCAGGUUCUUUGACUUUUCUUGGCUUCGGGUCGUUGUCCUUCCAUCGGCUUCUAUUGGAAAUUCCUAUUUAUCCAGUCUGAGAGUCGCGGAUUCAAUCUUUGCGUCCAUCAAACGUUAUUCGAUGUAUCUUAUUGAUCCUGCCACUGUAACACAUCUCCUCCUCCGCCAAAGUGAUGUCGAUGGACAUCAUGCCCACGAUGACAAAAGCUGCAUUUGCUGAGAUGGUCCUGUAGGUAUGCACAGGAAACUCGCAAAGCUAUCAGUUGAUGUGUGCUCCGUAUUUGGGAUCUGCUACGCUCUACCUUAAGUGUGGAGCUCCAGGCCGCUCCUCCGUAUCGUAGUUUCGACAGUGCUACGCUCGCAAGGAGAAGUCUUCUGCUACUCUUUGGAGCACGGCAGUUCGGCAUAAUCCAGGCUUAUGAGUCUAUGACUUUCGAUGCACUAUCUCAACAGUAUUCGGCAUGCGCAAAAAAAAUUAAGCAGAUGUCGACCAUUACUCCGAGGUAUUUCAGCUGCUGUUUAGAAGAUGUCGUGUAUGACCUCCAUGUGAAGCCAAAACUUUUUUUUGGUCACGACCAUGCUUGGCAAAAGUCAUCGUCAUGAGGCGUGAAGCUGUGACUGUGAAGCCUCUUGGUCCGUCAAACUCAAUUGACUGUUCCUUAACGACCAGUCACUUCGUUUGCCAGUCAUUCAUUCCCCAUUCAUUUGAAGCUAAAAUAAUAACCUAGUCAAGCAAUCGCAUUCAAGCGACCGAUGACGAAAAAGAAACGCAUUUAUUAUUAUUGUUGCUCCUGCCAGCAAGCCGAAAACGACCGAAGAGGAACAAGAAAAGCAUUUAUUAUUAUUGUUGCUCCUGCCAGCAAGCUCGUUUUCAGUUUUUCAUUGCUAUUGUUGCUCUCUGCCAGCAAGUCGUUCAAUUAGUUGUACCUGCCGUCAGCAGCCGGUCGAAGUGUGAAGAAAUUUGCCAGUCACUCUCAGGAGAAAUUUUGACCAUGUGUAGGAGCUUCGCCAGUCGAUGAUGGAGAAAUGUCGAUUGUUGUCGUGCUUUAUCCGUCAUGCGAGUAGUGAGGCUCCGUCAAUUGAGAACAGUGCCCGUCGUUUGAUGAAACAAAACUAGUCGGGUCAAGCGUGACGGGCGAAGUUUACCAUCACUGGUCACGACUAAUACUUCGGUUUGAUGGUGGGCUAUCUGAAUCUUACCUCCUUCCAUCCAGAAGCCUAUCCUUUCUAAAGAUACACUUGCAAGAUCUUCAAUCUUCUUGAUUAUUUCACCGGGUACCAUCGUUUACAAAUCCGACUAUCUCCGCACCUUUCGGUAGAUAAGUGAAGCGGAAUCCAGUAAGAUGAAUCCGAAAGCUGACAAAGGAAGCGAAUAUCUCGAGUUCUUCUAUGCAACGAUUGGCCAAAGAUGGCUUGAAUUGCUUCAUCAAAGACGCAAGGACAAAACGCCAUUUGAUAACAGAACGAAUUGUAUCACUACGACUUGGGCGCUCGAUGCUAAGUCCGGCAACUUGCGCUUUUUCGUAGAGAUUGAUAGUACGAAGAAGUGAAAGUUGAUGAACUUCCUACGUUCUAGUAUUCUUCAUCUGAGUAGUGCCUGCACCACUGCUGGGCACUGACCAACUGCAAAUGCUUUUCAAGAUGGAAAAGACGUUUUGGGUCUGUUUUGGAUCCGGAUGGGUCUCUUACCAUCAACCUGGUAUCAGUUGUUUCAUUCUGGAAAGGCUUGCCCAACCUGGAAGCCUGUCUAUCAGUGUGUGCUACACGGCUAACUCUUACCACAACACAAAUUCGCAGUUACAAUAGUUUACUUACCCGACAUUCUAAAAUCCUGGACUAGUUCAACAUAAUAUUUAAUUACUCACGGGCCCGUAUCUCCUACCAUAACAUCAAUACGCCCAACAAUCAUAUCACAGCUCGGACGGCACAGGUGUUUCACAGCAGAAUAUCACAGAAUUCUAAAGCAAAUAUUUCCAAUGAGGCAACCCUGCCUUGCCGCACUGCUUCGACAGGCGUGCCUCUGUUGCCCGGAGCACCUCCGACGACUUCCGGGUCGAUCCGGCUGCCUCUCACUACGUCCGCACCUUACUUUCGCAAAAACCAAAAUGGUAUAGAGUCCUAAAAAGCGAUCGGCUCUCGAGAAACGGUUCAGCUCUAAAAAAACAAAAUCAAAGGAGUUCUCCAGCUUGCGAAUUCAGGCAAGUAUGGUACCCCUGAUUGCACUCCUGCGGCUGAUGAUAUUCUCCCUUCCAGUGUACAUCGCUUCAGAUCUGCUCCGGAACCUUCAGAUUCCAUAACCCUUUACUACCAGAAUGUCGGGGGUAUACAUUCCUGCCUGGCCGACUACCGCGCUCGAAACUUCAUGUUCCUGCUAUGACGUCAUGACCCUCACGGAAACAUGGCUGAAUAACCGCACACUAUCGAGUCAGAUCUUCGGCCCUGAUUACGCAGUGUUCCGCUGUGACCGUAGUUCCCGUAACAGCAAAAGUCCAGCGGAGGUGGAGUGUUGCUUGCAGUAAAGUCGAAUCUUCACGCGCAGCUUAGCUUAUCGACGAUAAUUCCUGGUGCGAUCUGGAACUUGUAUGGAUUCGCAUUGAUCUUGCAGACCGGAAACUGUACGUAUGCGUACUGUACCUGCCACCCGAUCGCUCAAGAGAUGUUGCCCUCGCUGAGUCGUUUUCACGCUGCACCUUCAAAGUAAGCUACUUCUGUUCUUCAGAAGAUGACAUACUCGUCAUUGGCGACUUCAAUAUGCCCGGUUUGAAGUGGCGCUCCAACCAUGGUAGCUUUCUAUACUCGGACCCAUCACGCUCUACUUUUUCGGCGCCUUCAAACGUCUUAUUGGACUCCCUUAGUGCAGCGACCUUGCGCCAUAUGGUUGUAUGCUGAACCUUUGCUUUGGCAACAAUGUAUCUCGUUUACCGACUAUCGAAUUCGCUCCUGCACCGCUUGUUAAAGUAGUCCCACAUAACCCUGCUCUAUUGGCAUCGCUUGAAGUAACUAGGCUGAACGCUACUGUAGAAAAACUAGCAACCUUCUACCUCGACUCACUCACAUAUUCUGAAUUAAGUCAUCGAUCGCCACGUUCCAAAACGCUCUAGCGGUGGAAAUAUGCGAAUGCCCUGGGUCACAACUUAACUGCGACGAUUUACGACGGCAAAAAGGAGUGUCCAUCGAAAAUAUAAGGAGCAAAAAUCAGCAUACACCACGGAUAUAUAUCGUAAACUAAACUCCGCUUAUAAAAACCAGUGAUCGUUGUUACCAUAACUACCUACCUAGCGUACAACAUAACCUUAAGUCUUGCCAAAAAUCGUUUUGGAAACAUCUAAAUAGUCAGCGGAAUGAACCUAGUAUACCUUCAAACAUGUUUCUGGAUGGCAUUUGAUCAUGGAAUCUGCGAUCUCUUCGCCCAAAAAUUUUCCGGUAUCUUCACUUCAGCUUCAACAUCCCCAGAACUCUGUUGUGUUGUGAGCCUUCUUGGUUGCAUGAUUCAAGAGCAGCAACGAAGCUCAACAAUUCCUUUUCUACGGGCCCGGACAGGAUACCAGCUGCUUUUUUGAAAAGUUUCAUGCCUGUUUUGCUGGCUUCUAUUCGGCUCAUUUGUCAAGCUUCGCUUGAUAGAGCAACCUUCCCUUUACUAUGAAAGAAAGCUUACAUGUUCCCGGUACAUAAAAACGGAGAUGGGACAGAUAUCAACAACUACCGUGGUAUCUCUGCCUUAUGUGCGAUUGCCGAACUAUUUGAAUUGGUGGUCUUAAAUCCUUUCUUCACGUACUGCAAAAAUAACAUCUCCAAUGAUCAGCACGGAUUCAAGUCCAAACGCUCUACAACAAGUAACUUGCUACAUUCACUUCUUUUGUGCAUGAAAGUUUUGCUGCCAAAUCCCAAACUGAUGCUAUCUAUACCGAUCUAUCCACUGCAUUCGACAAGGUGAACCACGAAAUUGCCAUCAGUUACUUAACAGGCCGUAAAUUGAUUGUUCGAACGGGUGACAUCUUUUCCAGGCAGUUCCCUGCCACCUCCGGUGUGCCCCAAGGCAGCCAUCUAGGACCGAUUACUUUCCUAAUUUAUUUCAACGGCGUGUCGUUACUUCUCGACUUCUGCUUCGCAGAUGACCAAAAACUGUUUUACACAAUAAACGACCACGACGACAUCAAUUUCCUGCACUGUCAGAUCAACCUCUUCGCUGAUUGGUGCGACAUUAACUGCCUGCCUUUAAACCGCAGCAAAUGUGCAGUUAUCAGCUUUUCUCGUAAGCGGCAGCCUUUAAUUGCCGAAUACUUCCUUGGAGACGAGCCCAUCGCACGUGUGAACCACGUCAACGAUCUUGGUGUAAUCCUUGAUCAGCGUCUGAAAUUCAAGGAACACACCAACUACGUGAUUGACAAAGCAUCCAGAAGUCUCGUUUUAAUUUUUAGAGUGGCGAAGGACUUCAAGGACGUGUAUUGCCUGAAAAGCCUAUAUACUGCAGCAUUGUUCGCUCCAUCCUUGAAUACGCAUCAGCUAUCUGGUGCUCUCACUACCAGAACGGUGUUGAUCGGCUCGAGGCGAUUCUUGCGAUACGCCCUCAAACACUUGAACUGGUAAGAGCCUUUUCGCUUGCCAAGCUAUGAAAAUUGGUGCCGCCUCAUAUAUAUUGAUAACCUUGAAGCCCGCAGACAUGCUACACGUGCCUCAUUCGUCGCCGAUCUCCUGACAUCGCGAAUCGACUGUCCCGCGCUACUGGAAGCUAUUCCGCUUAGUGAACGACCCCGUGGUCUUAGGAAUCUGGAUCUUCAAUUGUAUAUUCCCGUUCGAAUGAACAAUAACGGAGCCAACAGCGCCUUUAUCGGUGAAAUGAAUUCGUUCAACCGUUUUUCCGAGCAUUUUGACUUCAACGUUUCCAGGGAUGUUGACCGAAAAAAAUGAUAAGGGCCUUGAGAACCCCAUAAGGCCGGAACAAAUUUCAAAUCCUUUUUUUGUCACUUGGAGUUUGAACAUCGCGAAGGGGGGGUGGGGGGACAAUAAAAAAUAAUCCGAAAAACAAAUUAAUUGGAAUAAACUGCACGGAAGCUUGUAUGCAACCAAAUUGCACACUAUAUCGUUGCACAAAUUCCUUAAAUCAAAUUAUUUUUUUAUCGAAUAAUUCAAUCAAAUCAAGAAAACAAAAGGUGAAAUAACUCCCAUCUUCUUAAAUUUUUUUUUUGUCUUUGUAAUCUUUCAGAUAUUGGAAUUUUUUAUCGAAAUUUACAUAAAUUACUUCAAACUUUAUUUAUUCCCCCUUUCGGGUUUUUGGAAAUUUCAAAGGGGGGAGGGGGGGUGUGACAAAAGAAGUUAUUGAUAUUUGUUCCAGCCUAAUUGGAGUUAAAUGUUUUGUUAUUUAAUUUUAAUUUUAAGAAAUCAAAUGGAUAUAACAAAUGUAAAAACGACCCUUUCGAGCAUCAAUCAUCAAGAACAACAAAUAACUCACCCUAUUUGAGCCGUCCGAUCUGCCAAAUAUGUCGUUAAGACCGUCUGUCGAGCUCUACAAUAUUAUUCACUUGACGGAACUAGUUGACAUAAUCUUCUAAAUGGUUUACUCACCCUUUCGUUUUGUUUGUUGUUGCUGGUUGUUUCUUUCUUUCGACCUUCUAUUUCUCGCUCUUGGCACUGCGAUUAUCUACUUUCACUCAUUUUAGUGGGUUGUGCAAACGUAAGAACUUUUAACUACACAAAUAACACACGACGUAUUACCUACAGGACACGACACUUAACGUUCUUACUAACGGAAAAAAGGAACUCAAAUUACCUUUUUGUCGACCGGUUUCGGGCUCGAUGUUGCCCAUCUACAAGACGAUGUCCGACUGAUUACGUAGAAGAAAAACACUAACACAGCGUCAUACUGUCACGCAGUAUUUGUCGAAGAGGGGUUGGUUUUUAUACAUUUUUGUUUGCCAAAUUGAAAAGCGGCGAAAUGAUAGGGGCUUCAUCCUCGUUCAUUAAAGGCCUCUCUGAAGUCGUGAUGUACAUCGAUUCCCAGGCAUUUAAAUGUGACGCUUUUCGAACACAUUUUUUGAAUUUCACCUUUUCCCAAUCUAUGGAAUGGUUGAAUUCUGAUGCAUGGGCGGCUACACAGGAUUCAUUGGAUCUGUUGUUGUCUACGGCGUUUUUAUGCUCCUUUAUCCGUGUUUUAAAUUUGCGCCUUAUUUGGCUAAUAUAGACCGCCGGGCAGGUCUCGCAAGGUAUCUCGUAGAUACAAGAUCAUUCCUCCGGAGGCACCUUAUCCUUUAGUGAAACCAAACAAUCUUUUAAGGUGUUGGAACUUUUGUAAGCCACUUGCAAACCGUGGUUGGAAAGGAUCUUCCGAAUACCAUUGGUCAGUGGUGGGUGGAACGGCAAACUGACCCUUUGAGAUUCUUCCUUUUCUGGUUUGAAAGUGGUGGCAUUACUUCGGAACCUUUUUCUUUCGUGUUUGCGUAGGAUUUUAUAUACGAACUAGCAGACCCGGUAAACUUCGUCUUACCAUGUUCAACUUGGCGUCCAUUUUCCAUUUUUCCUAGUUUUCUUUACAUUUCCCUUCUUCCCCUUUACUCGAGUCGUUCCGCUUAGUUCUAUCAAAAUUUAACCUGAGAAUUUUAACUCAACGGGUCUUUUUAAAUCCAAUUUUUGAAACUUGUUCCAUAAAUAACUGUAUGUUGAUAAUAUGUUUGAUUCCGUUUUUUUCGAGUUUACAUUAAAGUUUAAACCGAAAUAAAAAGUUUCUCAUUUAUUGGAAUAUAUUGCUUAUGAACUUUUUUAAAAUAGAAUUUUGAAUAUCGGGACAAUUUUUGGAGUAUUUGCCGAAUAUAUUGCCUAACGCAGCGCUUUCAGCUCCCAAUUAGCAUUGAAUGGUGUAUUUUUUAAAGUUGAAGAAAUGAAACACAUAAGAAAAAAUUUUUUACUAACCUUUUUCAAACAGCUUUUUAUUCACCAUCUCCAUGCUUGAAUUAAAAUCCAUAUUUUCACCAAAACCAUUUCCAAAAAGUUUCGCCUGAUAAUUAAGUUAUAGACUUUACACAUUUCAACUUAAAAUGUUCCCAAACAGCACUUAUAAUGGCAUUAAAUCUGACGAUUUUGUAUACUGCAAAUUCCUUUUUUUUAUUCAAGCAAAAAAUGCAAAUUAAUUCCUUUGAACUUUAACCCAAUGAAUCAAAGAAACGAUUGAUUUUGAAAAGAGGAAAACAUAUGUUUAGAUAUAUUCAUCCAUUAUUUUAAAGAUUCUAAUUGAAGCAAUGGGAUUUUCUGAUUUCAAAACUUCCUGAACAUUGUUGGUGGUGAUCUGUGAUUUCAUUUAGGAUUAUGUAAUAUUUUUUAAGAUUUAAUAACAUUUAAUUGAAAAGCAGAUUUUUUAAAAUUUAAUAGAUCGAAAUGAAAUAACCUGUUCAGGCUUCGAUGAUUUCAUGAGUUCAUUUCAAAAAUGAAACACCGGGGCAAAUGCAAAUGAAUAUCACCACAGUUUAACUUUCAUAUUUUAUGAAAAAAAAAAUAUUUUCAAAAAAAAAUAUUAGUUAUGUUGACAGAAAGAAAUAUCGAAGUAUACAUUUGUCCCAUUUAUUGAGGCAAGUGAAACACAUAGGUCUUUUUCAGAUGUGUCAGUGAAAAGACUUUAAAAUGAAUUUAAUACUUGUUCUUGUUUGUCUGUUUUAUCAACUUUCAUUGAUAUAUACUAAGUUUUCUCCGGAAUAAAUUAAUGUUUUGCUUGGUACUUCAAUGUCACUGAAUGCUGUUCAACCAAAAGACCUUGAUUUACAAAGACCUUUAUAAUAAUUUUGAAUAUCCGCUUCAGAUUCAACACUCGGGAUAUCCUUUCUGGUCGUUUUGGAGAUAAAAUUCUUGAAUUGCAGAUGUUUCAUUGCUAAAUGGCGCGUUUUCACUUAUUCCACCUAAGAAAUAACAGGAAUUUAUAUUUCUUUUUACACUUUCAGGUUAUAUUAAAAUUUCAUCAUAAAAAUCUGCUGCCCCUGAAAUAUCAAUCACAAAAAAACUUUUCAACAAAAAAGUUAAUCAAAAGUCUCUUCUAUACAGCCAAAAUAUGUGAAACAAAAACAUACCUCUCAUGUUAAGUUCGUACUUGAAUUGUGUGUAAACAAACAGUAAACGUGCAAAAAGUUUUUUGAUGAAUGAUUUAAAAAAAGAGUUGAGUUUAUUUAAUCAGAUAGUUUUUUUUGGGCCCAACAAUUUUCAGAUGAAGAAAUAAUGUAUACAUUUUUCGGAAAAGUUGAAAGUUUGUACUUGCUCUAGUUUACUUUCUUAAUUGAAAAUUCUUCCGGAAAAUGCAUAUUCUCACAUUUUGUUAUUGAAAAGUAGAUUAUUUUAUUGAUAACUUCAACUUACGUUUGCUUUGCAAAAAAUCAAAAAGUUCAUUCGGCCUUAAAAAACUUCAAUCCUAUCCAAUCUAUCUCAGAGAACAGACUCUCGUUCAGUUUAUGAGUCCAGCGUUCUAGGCGUAUCGGAUUAUACGAAAUUGAAAGUAAAGCUUCCAAAUUUCUUAUUUUCAAACGUCCGCAAAGUGUCAUUAUUUCAUACCUUUUGGACAACAAUUUACUACUUAAAUUAACACGAAUUAAAAAUGGUUUUAAUAUUUGAAAUCGUUUAUAUGGUUUUGAUUCGAUCGAUAAAAUAUCAAUCCGUGUCACAUCUAGGCGUCAUUUAUUACCAUGUGCUGUGUACAAAUAAGCAAGGAAAAAAACACAUCUAGGUUGCAUAUCGCCCCCACGUGCAUAAGACAUAUAUGAUAUAGGUACUUGGUUGAGAAACAGGCGCCUAAUUUUUAAAUAUUUCCAGCGAUCAAUGAACAGUAUGCUUUGGUUACUAUUAUCUUGCAACGACGUUUGCUAGCGACGCCUCGCCCAUGGAGACGAAAAACAAACCGCCCGGCGCCCAAAGGAAAGAAAAUUUCUCUCUUAAAAAUGAAAGCCAUGACUUUUAUUUUAUUCCAAUUAUUAGAAAUUUUAUUAUUACGGACAAUUGGUGCGGCUUUUUGUUAUUUUUAUUCAAUAUAAACCGAUUCGCAUGCCUACAGAAUAUUCUAAAAAUAAUUUCAUUUGAAUUGUUUGGGUCAUUCUGGAGGAGUAGUACUACAAACACCGUUACAAGAGAAUUUUAUAUAAUAGAUUCUUCAUAACCGUUCAGAUUGGCCGCCAAUAAAAUCCUUUCUUUUUCGUUUCGAACUCGCUGUUUUCCAUCGGUAUGUUGAACAAACGGUGUGCCAUUGAAUGAAACGCAGCUUGUUUCUGUGCACCGAAAUGAUUUGAAUCUACCGUUAUGAAGCGAUCGGUUGAUGUCGAUUUUCGGUAGAUUCCAAAUUUCACCGUGCUAUCAUCUUUUCUGGAGAUAAGCAGGUCGAGAAAAUGGAGUUUUCCAUCCACUUCUUUUCGACGGUGAAUUUGAUCGAGCUGUGUUGGCUAUUCAAGAGCUCAAGAGUUUGUGGGAGAUAUCGUUCUUUAACUGUGGCGAAGAUAUCGUCGACGUAGCGCCACAAAACUCGGGAAAAAAGUUUUUCCCUUUUUCCGAGAUCGCCUUCAAAAUCGCUCAUGAACAGCUCAGCGUGCAAAAUAGAUAGUUUGCUUCCCAUACUGAGGCCAAAGGUUUGUUUGAAGAAUCUCCCCCGAAAUAUGAAAUAAUUCUGGUUCAUACAUACCUCAGCUAUGGUCACGUACGCAUCUAUACAAUUUGGUGGUGCUCUGCGUUUUUCCAAAUGUCUCCGAAGGCUGCGCAAGGCGUCAGGAAUGGGGACGCUAGGAAAAAGAGCGGAGACGUCAAACGAAACCAAACGAGGAUGACGUGCCUAUCAUUUCGCCGCUUUUCUAUUUGGCAAACAAAAAUGUAUAAAAACCAACCCCUCUUCGACAAACACUGCGUGACAGUAUGAUGCUGUGUUAGUGUUUUUCUUCUACGUAAUACGGCAACAUCAUGUCCGAAACCGGUCGACACAAAGGUAAUUUUAGUUCCUUUUUUCCGUUAGUAAGAACGUGUGGUGUCCUGUAAUACGUCGUGUGUUAUUUGUGUAGUAUCUACUUUCCAUUAGGGAAAGUAUUGCUGGGUUUACCCGCAGACACCAGAUCUCUCCAAUGCAACGCGUACAUCAUAUCCGGACCCCAUGGCUUCGUAUGAACUGUUAUGGAUGAAUGUAUUGUGUUGAUGUAGGUAUAUUUUGGAAAAACGAAUCCAUCAGGUGAGCUAGUUUACUUACAGGUAUUCCGGCAUCCGUGUAUAUGCUGGCAAAUGAUUGAACAUUCUUAUUAUAUACUCAGUCAUUAGAGAAAACACGUCUUACAUGUCGGCCACUUAUGGGAUUCGAACCCAGAAGUGUCCUUGCCAAUACCGGGUAUGGAACCCAGUACACCUGGCAUACCAAAACCAGACUCGCGCCAGCCUAUCCACUAGACCAGAUCGGCGCUACCUGUUUAAAAUCCAUCAGCUUAUAAGGCAUAACAAGUUUGUCUUUCACAAUUUACUAUCCAGACAUCGUCUGAGAUGGACUGAAAAGAAAUUUUAGCGGGUCAUUAUACCAUUUGGAUUAUAGAAGGUUUUUUUUAAUAUUUGUCUUGAUGUUGUCUUUGUUCUUAGUUUGCGCUUAAAAAAUCUGUUUAUUCAGCGAUGCCCUACUCAAUCAACCAGCUUUCUAUUUUGGCUGAACUUUAGUAAUUAAUGUUCCUAACAAAGGUUAUAGUUUUUCGAAAUGUAGGAAAAAUAUUCCGUUUUUCUGUCGAAAACUAGCCCCAUACCUCUUAUUUGUUCUUGAAUGUGUUUAUGUCCUAUCUCUAUCAAUUCGAUUAUGAAGAUCAGGUCCUAUCAAAUGUUCCCUUCAUUUGAAGUGGAAUUGAAGAAAUCUCUUACUUGUUUGUUCCUUUUAAGUAUUAUUAAGUCGCGUAAUAGCUAUUUACUAAAAAUAUGGUCAUCAGUAAAGAGAUGAAAUUUUUCGUUCAUGUUUCAUAGCCAAAUUAGUAAUAGAUAUGAAUAAAAAGUAUACUUAUUGAUCGAGGGAAAGAAAGAAAAACACAAACAAUCCACCAAAACACUCACAGCUUAGCACUUAUCAGGAAGUAUAAACCGAACCGUACUAAUUCCUCCCAAAUGAUAAUGAAAUAAUCAGGAAAUACACCCACCUAUUUAUUAUGUGUUGUUCAACCGGAACAAUACCAAUACUUACACCUCUAUAAGCUUUGUGCGCUAUUGUCAUUCGUUUGAUUGUUUCAAUCAACAACUAACUAACCUAACCUCUCGAAACGAUUAUCUAGUCCCAGCAUUGAUCAAAAAACCUUAUAAGUUAGUUUUACGUUAAGCCAGAAAGGAAAACGCUUUAAUUUAUGCUCCAACGAAAAAAAAAUCAUAUAUCCAAACACACAUUGUAAAGCAAACAACAAAAACAGUCAAAUGAAUGUAAAGAAAAAAAGAAAAAAGAGUCGAUGACGCUAACUAGAUUGAGCACUCACAAACGCACACACGUAACGUUAGGCGAAUUAGAGAUAUGAAGUAUCAUACACACACUUAUACUCGAUAGCAAAAGUUAUUGGUUUUUUACAUAGCUUAUUAUUGAUUGUUUUAUUUGGCGUAAAUCUGUAACAUGGCAAUCGAAGGAAAAAAAAACUAGAACUAAGGGCGUGUGAAGAAUUAUGCAAAACGAACGUAGCUAGGUCACGUAUUGGUUCAGUUAAAAAACAAUAGCGAAAAGACAUUCAAAACUUCCUAACGAAUUCUAACACAUCGGUGUGAUGGUAUAUGUCUCCAAUUUUUCUGAUUGUGUGUGAUCGGAUAAACUGUUAAAAUACAUACAUAUAUGCCUAGGGAUUAAAGUAACCAUUUCUAAAGCAAACAGUUAAGCUGACAUUCUCACUCAUGUUAGGUGUACCUUGAAUUGAUCAGUAAGAAUAGAAAAAUCAUCACACUUUAAUACAGUACUAAGUAGUCGAAAAAAAACCGAACUCAAACAACCCUUUUGCUACCUAUGUAUGUAUGUGUAACAAUUUCGAAAAGGUCAAACGCCAAAAAGUAAUAUCUCUAGCCCCAAAGAUACUCUUGGAAGUACUUAGUAGGAUUCAACAGACACGGGUCAGUGUGAACGAAAUCACUCGGAACGCGCUGUAGAGUAGAGAGCUCGAAUAAAAGAAAAACUAACAACAAUAAUCAUGAUAUCUACUAAUAGUGAAAGAAAGAAAAACUGACAUAUACUGUACCUUCUUCGCGAUAAUCCUAAUAUACACACUAAAUAUGUAUGUAGCCAAUCGAAACAAGAAUCGUGCACCGCCGCUGCUUAGUUGAUAUUGUUGUGUAGAGCCCAAUCAAUGCAAUGGUUGACUCAACCUCCGUUACUCGGUUUAGAUAGUGCUGCAAGGCGAACUUUGUUCGGGCAAUUCUUUUAGUUAACACGAAUCUAGUAAGAAAAAUAUGUUACUGUAGUUUGUAUUGCACAACAAAUGCCAGUAGAGGAAAUUCGUCGCGAAUGAAGUUGAAACAGAAAAAAACGCAGAGGCAAGUGUGUGUGUGUGUGUGUGCGUGUGUAACUAAGUACUCAGUAGUCGAGAUUUUGCCUGAGCAGUAAGCAUGAUAAUAA